AUGCCCAAGGGCACCGGUAGUCCCGUCGAUGGCCAGAGAAUCCCUGGCAUCUCGCUCGAAUCCAUCGCCAGGCAGAAGACUCUGGCGCCGGCGCCACGGCUGUCGCCGACAUCAGAGCCGCCCGGCAGCGGCAGCCGACCGCGUAGAGCGCCGACGAUUGUCGGAGACUCGCUCACCCGCGCCAGCUCUACCGCAUCGCUCUCUCCGCGCACCGCGCCGAUCCUCGGCGAUGCGCUGAUCGACGCCGCCGAGGCUGAUGCCGACGACCAGAAUGCCGAUGCGCAAAACACAUUCCAGCUCGGGAGCGGCGCGGGCCACCUCCGCUCGUUCCGGAUCGUGCUGCUCAGCCUGGCGCUGUUCUCGAUCGCCCUCCUCAUCUACGACCACCUCACCCUCUGCGCCGAGAAGGACGUGCACCCGCUGCAGGAGCCGUGGGGGCCGAAUCGCCGCCGCGCCCUGCAAGAAGAAACAAACAGCAGCAGCGCGCUGCCGCUCGACCCCGUCUACUGCGGCAGCGGCACUGACUUCGCGCUGAUCAUGCGGGGCGCACAACUCGGCUUGCUGGUGCACGCCUGGGCGUGGACCGUUCUGCCGCAGAGGCUUCCUCCGUGCCUCGAGUGCCACCCGGCGACGGAGCGGAUCUUGGUGCUGGUCGUGAUGGUGCUGACCAGCUGGGGCUGGUGCAUGUUCAACACCAUCGCGCUCUACCAGCACCAGGUGGGGUCCGACGGCGGGCCCGAGGAGUCUAGCUUCAACUUCCUCUUCCUGAUCGUCAUGUACACGGUCUUCACACCCGGCAUGCCCUUCGAGAUCGUCGUCUUUGCGGGCUGGGGGCUGAUGAUCGUGAUGGCGGCCACGAAUGCCGCGCUCUGGGCCUGGGUGCGCCAAGACGACGGGAACGACUUUGCGAACAAGUGGGGCUACGUCCUCUUUGCCGAGAGCUUCAAGGAGCUCGUCGUCAACAUCCUGGGCACCUUCACCACCUUCGAGCUCAUCAGCGAGAUGCGGCGCCGCAUGCACCGGCUAAUGACAAACACGCUCCCCGAGCCGAUCCUCGCCGCCCUCGGCGGAGGGGACACCGCGUGCGUGCGCGUCUACCCCGGCACGACGGUGCUGCAGGCGGACAUGGCGGACAUGGUUGGCUUCACCAAGCUCUCGGCGACGCACCCGCCUCAGCGAGUCCUCGGACUGCUCUCGGACAUCUUCGAGGCCUCCGACCGGCCGUGCGAGACGCGCCGGGUCGAGGGGUACGAGCUGCUCAAGACCUACGUCAACUGCACGCCCAACCUCCGGCGCGAGGACAUCCCGCCCGCCGACGUCGAGGUUGGCAUCCAGGGCACGUACUGGGUGAGCCCGGGCGGAGCAGACGACCGGGGCAGCUGCGACCUCAACGACGUGUCGGCGAGUGCGGGCGCGCGGGCGCUGCGUGCCCUCCUCGAAGGCGGCGGCGGCGACCAGCCCCAGCGAGGCGGCAUGCGCUCGCUCCUCGCAAAGCCGCUCGCCGCGUCUGCGCGCGCGUGCGCGACCAGCCCGGUGGGCGGUGCCGGUGGCGGCGGCUGGAGGUCCCUGUGGGGGGGGGGCGGCCGCAAGUCGCGUCCGGACGGCUCCUCCUUCGGGCGGCGAGGAGGGAGCGGCGGGGGGCUCGAAGGGGCGUCCUCCUUCGGCGGCGGCGGCUGUGGCUCGCUCGAGGGCGAGGUGCUCGACCCGGACGCACCGCCGCUCGAGAUCACGGACCGCGCCUCCUCGUACCACUUUUUCACCACGCCGCGCGCGUCCAACCCGUGCCGCGGCUCCUGCGAGUGCCGCGGCUCGAUGGCGGCCCCUUCGCCGCCCGGCUACUCGUCUGCACCGGCGCGCCGGCUCGCAAACUUCUCCGCAGAGCCCGGGGCCCGCAACUCGGCCGGCCCUGCGUGGGACCUCGCCUCGCCUCGCGGCGGGCGGAGCGACGCCCACUCCUUCGGGCAAGGCGCCGCUGCUUCGCCAGCCGCUCCGCCGAAGUAUGACUUCGUGGCCGAUUUGCCGCAGGCGCGCGCCUCGUGCUUCUCGCGCGCAGACUACAAGUCGCGCCGGGACGGCUCCGUCGGCGAGGGCCGGCGGGGAGGGUCCGUCCCGGCGGCGUCGCAGGUGUCGGUGAUGGAGGACAUUGUCGAGACUGGGGAGGGGGACACGGUCGCGCCGACGUCGUACACGGUGCAGAUGCUGCCGUCGGAGGUGAUCGACGCGCUCCGCCGCUCCGCCAUCUUCCUCUCCUUUCUGAUGCUCAUGGCGGGGGGCUACGACUUCGCACACUGGUGGCAGCACCCGCUGAUCAUCGACCAGCACGGCAGCUACCAGACGGUCAUCAACCUGCUCCUCUGCCGCUACCUGGGCGGGAUGCUCACCUCGGCCGCCAUCGCCUCGGUCCUCAUCGUGCUCCGCUUCUCGAUCGGGGGCGCGCAGUACGCCAACGUCGCGCUGCUCACCUUCCCCUUCUUCACGUCGAUGGUCGGGUACUGGCUCGCGCCCGACGCCUCGUCCCAGUUGCUGCACAUCGCGUUCGGCUACUCGACGCUCGCCCUCUCCCUCCCGCUCCUCGUGCUCAUCAUGAUCGUCCUCUCGGCGGGGUACCCCAUCUGCCAGACGGUGAUGCUGCGCUUCUCGCAGGGCAUGCGCCUCGCGUGCAACAACAAGGUGUACACGCCGGAGGAGGAGUACCCGCUCAUCUGGGCGCUCGUCGGCCUGGGCUGCGGCCAGCGAGAGAACGACGACGGCGUCCUCGAGAACGGGGAGUACGACACGCCGGACAUCCUCCCGUUCUCGUGCGCGAGCAGCCAGCUCGCGGGACGGUACGCCACGAAGCGAGGCUUCCCGGAGCCUACCUACUGCAACCCGCCCUGCCCGGAGGACCCGACGAGCUACUGCCCCUCCAACUGCGAGUCGUACUUCCUCGACAGCAGCAUGCUGAUGACCAUCUUCCUCUUUGUCAUCGCGCACGGCGUCGGCAUCAUCUACAACCUCAACAGACGGCCCGACCUGCGCAGCCGCGCCACACCUGCUAAGUCCGGCCUUCGCAACCACGCCAAGCUCCUCGACGACACGCGCGAGCACAUCGACGACAUCAAGGAGGAGGUCGUGCGCUGCCAGCAGCUGCUCGAAAACAUCUUUGCGCCCGAGGUGCUCGAGCGGCUCAAGGCCAAGGCCGCGGUGGUCGGCCUCAAGUCGCUCGUCGACGACGAGAACCAGAACGGAGAGGACGUGGUCGACGUGCUGCAGCUCGUCUUCAACCGGUUCGACCAGCUGGCCGACCUCUUCAAGGUUCAAAAGGUGCGCAAGACGGUCAACGAGUACUACAUGGUCGCCGCAGGACUCCCCGACCCGACACUGCUCGAGGAGGCGGGCGCUCGCGCCUGCGCCUGCGCCGCCCUCGCGCACUCGAUGGUCCAGAUGAUGGACAUCAUCAACUCGGACCCCGUGCGGGACCUGGACGUGUCGCUGCAGCUGCAGGUCGGGAUCCACUCUGGCUCCGCCAUCGCCGGCAUCAUCGGGCACAAGCGCUUCCAGUACGACCUCUGCGGCGACGCGGUCAACACGGCCGCCCGCAUGUGCGCGUACUCCGCCCCCGGCUGCAUCACCAUCUCGGACACGACGCAGUCGCUGCUCGGCGAUGAGUACGCCACGCUCUCGCGCGGCGCGGCCGAGCCUCCGAAGGUGCAGCCUCUCUCCGCGCUGCUCCCGCCCGAGACGCUCGAGAAAGUGGAGCCGCCGCCGAUGCCGUCCCCGCAAAAGAAGCACGCCGCCGGCCGAACCAAGCACCGGUCCAAGCCUCUGGAGCGGGCGGCGGGGGCGGCGCCGCCUCCUUCGCCGACGCGCGAGGCGGGCGAGAGCUGGAGGGGGAGCGGGGGCAGCCUUGCGAGCGCCUCGCGGCGCCACUCUCAGGAAGGGGACUCGCGCCGGCACUCGCAGCGGCACUCGCAGGACGGCUUCCGGCUCGUCGAGGGGGCGACGCAGGCGCGGCCGUCGGACCUCAUCCGCAGGGCCACUGGCGACAGCCUCGGCUCCGGCCGGCUGCACGACCUGCACUUGCUCGAGAAGCACUCGCCUCGGGAUCCCGACGGCGCCGACGGCAGUUGCGCGCGUGUGUCCGAGGAGUCUGCGUCGGCGGCGAGCGUGCGGCGAGGCUCGCGCGGCAGCUCCGCCGCGCAGAGGAGCGCCGGCUUGCCGACCUCGUCGCCUCCGCACCAACGGAAGCCCGGACAGCAGCAGGGCGGAGGGCAGCAGGGCGGAGCGGCGGGAGAGGCGGCCGGCAUGGAGGCUUCGCCCACGCGGCGGAGGCACCGCCGGAAGGCGUCGAGAGACCGCGCGGCCGACCUCGCCCGCGGCGGCAUCGACGUCCGCUCCCCCUCCUUCGCCGUCAUCGCCAACCCUGCGCCUCCGCGCAAGCACAGCAGCAGGGGCGCGGCGGCGCAGGGGUCGGCGCGGCAGCGGCGGACGGAGGAGGAGCCUCCGCUCGCCGCUGUCGGCCGCAGGAGCAGCCGGGGCGAGUGGACCGAGGAGCUGGCGGAGCAGGCGGCCGUCAGCGUCGCCUUCGGCUCCACGAUCGGCGGCGGCGGCCGCGGCAUCUUCAACCAGCUCAGUCGCGAGGUCUCGCUGCCCAGCCUGACGGAGCGAGCCUCGCAGGGGGAAGGCAGCAGCGGCGGUAGCGGCGGCGGCAGCCGCCGCACGCCCUCCGCCUCCGCCGGCGUCGCCCCGGGCUGCUGGGCGGGAGAGCAGAGGAGCAGCCCGCCGACGCCGGCGGGCCAUGCCGGGCGGGAGAGCGACUCGCGGCGAUCCAUCGCAGACGGCAGGUGGUCGCUUCACGCGAACUUGUGAUGCGCCUCUCGGGCGCCCUCCGCUCGGACGCGUCAAGCGUAGAGGUAGCGGUUCUCUUUUCGCUGCCAUACACCGCGGCACUCUUCUCAUACUACUUCGCGUGCCGUCUACCGGUCUCUAUACGUUAACCCAGACUAACGUUUAAACACUCCC